ACCAGCUCCCUGCCUCUCCCAGCCCGCCCUGGGGUGACACCAAGCAGCGAGGACCAUCCAGAUAAUCAGCUUACAAAUGAAAAACAUACAGACGAAAAGCCUAUGAAAGGUAUUGUUAUGAGUUCUGUCGCAGAAUUCAGCAUCACAGACACUUCAUCAAAGGGUACCAAAAAUGAGAAGAAAUUGUCAGAUGUGAGCACAUCAUCCAUCGCUUCCCUGGAGAAAUGCAGAGAAUUCACUUACAUUGAAGAUGACGCAUCAGUACAUCAGAGAGACAGUGACGAUGAAUGCGCGACACUUAUCCUGGCCUGCUUGUUCUGCCAGUUUUGGGACUUUCUUAUAAUGCUGCCUGAUACCUGUGAACAUUGGCUGACAGAUACCUGUUGUCCAUCCAAUAGAUACUACCAGACCUCUGACGAAGACCACGCCAACAACGACUGCAACUGUGACUGUGACAUUGAUUGCAGCCUUUUUGAGUCCUGCCAUGAGACUGGUGAAUGCCUGGAACUUGCCAUGGAGAUUUCUGAAGUCUGCUAUCGCUAAUAGGAAAAUGACAAAAUUCCUCAACGCUACCUGACAGUAAACUGACAGAGUACGAAGGAGUUUGUUUUGAUUUUUUUUUAAGGAUAACAAAACCCAGAUUGUUUACCAACCAGGACUAUGUGCAUCGUGCUGCUCCCACCCUGGGAGUCCAUGUAUCUGUACCAUUCUGGUUGUACGGUUUCACAAAUUGCUGAAACCAAUAAAUGCAAAAAGAAAGGGUCUUCUCCUUUGCCAUAGACGACAACAGAAUUCCUAAGUGCCAAGCAUGCUCGA